CUCUCAUAUUCAUUGCGUGGGGCAGUCCACGGAGACGUGUCGCUGGAUGCGGCAAUGCCAGAGUGCUAAUGGAAAUCAUUCCGAGUAACAGUCUUUCAUACUGUUUAGUAUGGCUUGGCUUCGACUGUCAAAGAAGCAUUGAUGCGAUGCAGGACAUUGUCAAGCCCAUAUUAUGCAAAGAGCAGCCGGCAAGCACUCUCAAGCUACAGCGAGGAACAUACGCUUCCCACGAACGGUGUACUCAUCCUCUGGUUGAAUGGCCCCGACCUCCAAUCUCGAUCAUGAAUAAUAUUACUUACAUGUCCCCCCCCGUCCCGCCGCUGAGACCAUGGAAUAUGGGGCAACGGAGGACAGCAGAAAACCUGAGGAGUUUUCGAUCCGAUCGAAAGGUCGGAAGUGGUGGAUUUGGAGAAGUGUGGACCUAUAUCGAGAACAGACCGAAACGAAACGAAGAAAAUGUUAUCGCGGUGAAAUUCGUCAAGUUUAGCCGCGCCGCACGCCAAGAGGCGAAGGCCCUGAGACAUGCCAAUAAAAUAAAUCGACGCGACGAAGAGCGGCAUGCACUGGUACUCGAAUUCUUCGGGCAUUGCACACAUCAACCGCACCCUGACACGAGGAAUCCCCCAUCGAGUGUUAUAGUCACAGAAUAUUGCAACCUUGGGAGUUGUGCUGAUUGGCUGGAUGUGCAGUGCCGAUCAAAGGGAUUAGCUAUCCCGGAAUUCGAACUCAUGUUUUUCGUUUACCAUGUAACCUCAGCUCUUGCAUGGCUCCACGAAGGCGAUCGCGGCGAUCAUGGGAGGGAAACUGAAUGGAAGCCUAUGGUGCAUUGCGACAUCAAACCAGGCAAUAUACUGAUCAGACGCGAUAGUCGGAGUCCUCUAGGCAAAAGUUUCGUCUUGGCAGACUUUGGAUUAGCAACGUUUUUGGCUGAAGGAGAAUCCACUGUCAGGAGCGGGGGCACCGAUCGUUAUAUGGCUCCAGAGAUGGUCGACUAUGCCGAAAACGGGUCACGGACCAUACGCAAUUCACUAUUAUCAGAUGUGUGGGCAGUCGGAGCGUGCCUACAAGAGCUCGCUAGAAGAGAGACGCCGUACAGAACGAAUCAUCUCACAGAUGAGCAGCUGGCGGAUCGAACGCAGAUUCGACGACAUGCUGAUAGGGUUGGCGGAAUUUUAAGACUAGAUCAGGAUCCAAUCGGGAACGGACAACCUCUGGACCCAUCCCAGCCCAACAUCGACGUCUGGUUUCGCCGGUACGGGUGUCGCUUAUUUGCGUACUCGAACAGGCUGGAAAUAGUCAAGAACCUUUGUCUCCAGCCAAAUGUCGUACUUCGAGGCAGUGCAAGGAACGUCCGAGACUUCGCCGGCCGUGUGGUCAAGGGUUCGCAAGCGCACUAUCUCAAAGCAAAGGAGAUGGGCGACGACUACUGGACUGUGGCUGAAUUCAGCUGGACAAUGAAGAAGGCUUGGUGGGUCCAUGCUUACGCGCACAAACGAAAGCCCUGGACAAAGGCUGACGGAUCCUUUUCUUCGGAAUCCAUGACAUUUCUGAACUACUUGCGAAGGGAAGUUCACCAACGGCAGUUUUGUAUCGACAUGAGGCCGAUAGAUUUCGACAACCUUCGAUCUCAAUUUAGUAACGACGAGCAUCAAGGAGUUCCCCUUCGUGAUCCAAUUGCAGAGAAAGCGCUAUUGGCUCGAGCACAGGAGCUAUUCAACGAACUCGUUCCCAUGAUCAAAAACGGAACCGACAAUGAUAAAAAUACUCGAUGGAUGGAAAUUAUGCUUGAACUGUGUACUACAACUUUCCCAAUUGUUGACUGGAUUGAGACCACUCAUGAUGAGAAUGGGAACCCACGUUGAAGGGUGUCUUGAGACAGAAUUGGUUUUCCUAAUAUCGUUGUAAAUCUUCUGAAAAUUGGGUAUCGUAACUCUAUACAGGUGGAAGCCUCAUGGAUGAUCGAGAUAUCAAAACAACCCCUUUCGUGCACAAGAGCCUAGUUGAUGACACGAAGGGCUCGACCCUUACACACGUAUAUACUGAUACCGGCAGUGUACGAUACUGCUCCUGCAUACAGACCUCCCUCUUUAUGUUAAUGGGCCCCUCUUUUGAAUAUAGUUGAAGUUAGCUCAAUCAGACUG